AUCCUUCCCCCGUCGCCUAUUAACUCGUCACUCGAUCUAGGGUUUCUUCUCGCUUGUUCUCGACUCAUCUCCCCUCCUCGUCUUCGCAUCUCGUGAAUCAUGAAGCUUGAUCUGAGUGGUCUUCAGUCGUUUACUUCGAUCCCCGGCGGCGCCGUCGACGGUCUCGGGGAAGACCUCUUCGCGGCCCCUUCGUUCCAACUUCCGGCCUGCUCCGACUUCGAUGGGUUUCAGAAGGACGCGAUCCAGAUGGUGAAGCCAGCGAAAGGGACGACGACGCUCGCCUUCAUCUUCAAGGAAGGCGUCAUUGUCGCCGCCGAUUCGCGUGCUAGCAUGGGAGGAUAUAUCUCUUCUCAGAGUGUUAAGAAAAUUAUUGAGAUCAAUCCAUAUAUGCUUGGUACAAUGGCUGGAGGUGCUGCAGAUUGCCAAUUCUGGCACAGGAACUUAGGGAUCAAGUGCCGCCUGCAUGAACUGGCAAACAAGAGAAGGAUCUCAGUCACAGGUGCUUCAAAGCUGUUGGCAAACAUACUUUACUCUUAUCGUGGAAUGGGCCUUUCAGUAGGAACCAUGAUCGCUGGAUGGGAUGAAAAGGGGCCUGGAUUGUACUAUGUUGACAGUGAAGGUGGAAGGCUCAAGGGAACACGCUUUUCAGUUGGGUCAGGAAGUCCAUAUGCUUAUGGUGUUCUUGAUAGUGGGUAUCGUUUUGACAUGCCAGUCGAGGAAGCUGCAGAACUGGCACGCCGAGCCAUUUACCAUGCAACUUUUCGUGAUGGAGCUAGUGGUGGAGUGGCUAGUGUUUAUCAUGUUGGCCCUGAUGGUUGGAAGAAACUUUCUGGAGAUGAUGUGGGUGAGCUUCAUUACAAGUAUUAUCCUGUGGCCCCAACCCCUGUGGAGCAGGAAAUGACCGACGCCCCAGCAGCCUGAGAGAGCAGCCUUUGAUUCUUUCAAAUUCCUGUUGGGUGCGGUAAAUUGAACCUGGUAAUAGUAGUUAUACAUAAACUUGACAUGUUGUUGAAAGCAGCUUUAUCGGACCUUUGAAGUCAUUAAAUUUAAUCGUGAUCACCGUCUUUUUCUUUCAUUCAAGCAUGAGAAAACGUUAUCUUCAACUGAAAGGAAGAAACAUCAAUCUGAAUUUUAUGUUGAUGAA